AUGAGGGCUAUGUUGAUGCAGAUGGAUCUUGACGAUGCUUUGCUGGAUUUUGAGAGGAUACCAGAUGUCUUGAAAGAGAAGACGACGACUGCUUUGUGGCUCAAGUUGAAGCAGUUGUGCAUGACAAAAAGUCCGACGAGCAAACUGACUCUAAAACAUAAGUUGUAUUCCCAUCAUAAGGCUGAAGGAGGGUCACUGCAAUACCAUCUUACUAUGUUCAAAGAGAUUGUUGCAGAUUUGGAGAUUUUGGAGGUAAAAUAUGAUGAAGAGGAUCUGGUCUUGAUCCCGUUGUGUUCGCUACCCAGUUCUUUUUCGUCAUUUCGUGAUACUAUAUUGUAUAGUCGUGACACGCUGACCAUUGAGGAGGUAUAUGAUGCCAUGUUCUCAAAGGAAAAGAUGGAGCUGUUGGUUGGAGAUCUUACAUCUAAGGGUGGGGAUGCUUUGGUUACUUAUGGUGAUCGACAGAGGGUAGAUCAAAUGUGA